ACCAAAGCUUCAACUUUCCCCAUCUCGAAUUGCUAUUCCAAGCCGCCACUUUAAUGCCUGUCGGUCUACUCGACAUACCGAAAUUACGAAUAACCAAGGGUUGCCAUAACACAUCUCGAGUAGAAUUGGUAGUCGAGCACUAAGCUCCCAGCGAAAAUGGCAUCUCGACUGCCAGCCCGCUGGGCAGCCUCCCUCACCAAGAGUUGCUUGCUGGGCAACACCCGAGUCCUUAUUACCGAGAGCCAUACACUCCUCCCUCGAACUACCAAGCGCGGCGUCAAGUAUGGCUGGUCGACGGCCAACCCGCGCACAAAACCCACGCGCUUCAAUCAACAGAGCUCCGGUCUGCCCGCGCCCACGACGGGCCCCGCAGCGGCCCUAGAGCGCAAGGCGAUGUCGACGCCCCUGCGGACUGGUAUCCUGGCUACCAAGAAGGGCGUCUCGGCCAUGUACAGCGCGAACGGCAAGCGCACACCUUGCACAAUCCUGCAAAUGGACCAAGUGCAAGUCGUUGCUGUGAAGACCCGCGCCAAGAAUGGCUACUGGGCUCUCCAGAUCGGCUGUGGUCAGAAGGAGGCCGAUAACGUCACUGCGCCGCAACUGGGCUACUUCGAGGCUAAGGGAAUUGCGCCCAAGCGCCACCUCUCCGAGUUCAAGGUGCGCGGCCAGGAGGGACUGCUGCCCGUCGGCGUGCAGCUCCAACCGGAUUGGUUUAAGGUCGGUCAGUUCGUCGAUGCGAGGAGUAAUAGUCGAGGUAUGGGGUUUGCGGGUGGUAUGAAGAGGCACGGCUUCGCUGGUCAGGAGGCCAGCCACGGUAACUCCAAGAAUCACAGGACGAUCGGUACGUCGGGUCCCAGUCAGGGCGGUGGUUCGCGUGUGCACCCAGGCAAGAAGAUGCCGGGGCGUAUGGGUGGCGAGAGGGUCACCAUUCAAAACCUGAGAGUGCUGAAGGUAGACAACGAGACGGGCAUCGUGGUGGUGAACGGGCACGUGGCAGGGCCUAAGGGCUGCAUAGUGAAGCUAGCCGACGCUGUCAAGAAGGAUCCGCCAGCUGAGACGUUCAUCGAGAAGGCUAGGAGGUUGAUGCUAGAGCGGAAUCCAGACCACGAGGCGCAGUUACAAGAAGCACGGGAAACACAUCUAAACUUAAAGGGGAUGAGGAAGGAGGGCAAGAUAGGAGAUGCUGUGGCGUUGGCGGCUGCAUUGUAGAAUAUAUACUACAUUUGUACCAUAUACAAUGAUGAUGUACACGUCUCUCGAUCCUAAUAAAGAUCAUAAUGAAGAGUAUGGCUGGCGUUGCGGAUCGUCCACUCUGCCGACUUGUACGCUGCCUUCUUCGU